AUGGCUGCCAAGAAGAUGGUGCCUUUACCGUAUUCAUUCUCUUUAGAAGACGAAUUGAAGAAGAAUCCUGAAAUCAAAAUGUCGGACAUAGAAAUGUUGAGAGAAUGGUGCGAGAAGCAACAGCAUUUACCGAAAAUUUCAGAUAUGCUUUUGAUAUUAUUCCUGCACAGUAAUUACUAUAGUAUUGAGGCAGCGAAAAACACAGCGGAGAAUUUCUUCACCAUCAGGUCUCAUGUGCCGGAAUUUUUCUCGAACAGAGAUCCGCUAGGAUCGAAGGAUCUACGACAAGCAUUUAAUGUAGUGGCCGCCACUAAAUUACCACAUCUAUCGAAGCAAGGUUACAAAAUACUCUUCGGGAAACUUGUAGAUCCCGAUCCUUCUCAUUACUCCUUCGAAGAUGUCACCAAGUAUUUCUUCAUGAUGUCCGACUUGGUGGGUCUUGAAUCUGGAACUUGCGACGGAUAUAUUUUCAUCGGUGACUCGUCGAAUGUGUCUCUGGGUCAUGUCGGUCGAAUAAGUCCUAUGGGAAUGAAGAAGUUAGUGAUGUAUGUUCAGGAAGCGAUACCUGUUCGAUUGAAGGAAAUUCAUUUCAUCAACACACCUGCAGUGAUGGACGUGAUAAUGAAUAUGGCGAAACCGUUUAUGAAGAAAGAACUGUGGAGUAUGGUGAGGGACAAUUUAAUACUGUAUUUAUAUUCCUCUGAAUGCAGCGAAUUGUUGUUUCUUAAAAUACAUUUGCAUUCAUCGCUGAAGUCGUUGAAGGAAUUCAUUUCUCCUGAUUUACUUCCGAAUGAAGUUGGUGGAAAAGGAGAGUCGCUAUCCAAAAUACACAAGGAACAAAUACAACAACUUGACGAUAAACGGGAAUGGUUUAUAGAAGAGGAAAAAUUGGGUCGAGUGGACGAGUCUCAGCAAAUUGUCUUUCAGUACUCAGGCACUCCAACUUUGCCAUUUACAUAUCGCAGUUACUUCAGUCGCAAAUUCGAAAGAAGUUUCAAAGAAAUCAGGAUGGCUAGUACGAAACCAGUGACAUACGAAGAAGAGUUAAAGAGAAAUUCAGACUUAAAGGAAGAGGACAUACAAAUGCUGAGAGACUGGUCCAAGAAGCAGCCUCAUUUGCCGAAAUUAACCGACACCGAAUUGGUGUUAUUUUUGCACAGUAAUUAUCAUCGAAUAGAGCCGACAAAAGCCACUAUCGAUACGUAUUACACCGUGAGAACGCAUGUUCCGGAAUUUUUCUCACACAGGGAUCCUUUGGGGUCGAAGGAACUGAGGAAAGCCUUUCAGACAGUGACGGUUCAAGUUUUAGAUAAACCGACAAGCGACGGGUAUGCUAUCCUCUAUGGGAGAUUGCUCGAUUAUGAGCCCUCUCAUUAUAUCUAUAAUGAUGGAAUGAAAUUCCUUAGCAUGAUCGUAGAUCUAUGGCUUUACAUAGGCGGCACGACGCCGGGUCAUGUUAUAUUGUUCGACAUGAAGAACGUCGUUUUUGGUCACGCGGCUAGGUUGAGUCCCAUGGGACUGAAAAAGUACCUUUAUUAUUUGCAAGAAGCACUUCCGGUCCGUCUAAAAGGAUUUCAUUUUAUGAACAUCACACCGGUAAUGGACGUGAUUCUUAAUAUGAUGAAACCGUUCAUGAAAAAGGAGCUAUUGGAUAUGCUUCAUACACACACGACGUUGGAUACCGUGGGAAAAUUCCUUCCCGUGGACGCGUUACCGAACGAAGCAGGCGGAAAAGCUGGUCCGCUGCAAGAGCUACACGAAAAGAGUGUGAGAGCACUUGAAGCAAAUCGUGAAUACUUUUUAGAAGAGGAACGAACGAAACGCGUAAACGAGACAUUGAGGCCUGGUAAAGGGAAGAGCGCGACUGAUCUCUUUGGCGUUGAAGGAAGCUUCAAGAAACUUGAUAUCGAUUAAAUAAUUAAUUUCAUUUUGUAUUAAUUCAUGCAGUAACAAUUUUUAUACUUUUAAGUAAUUUAAAACUAUUAUAUCGUUUGGGGUAAUACAUUUCAUGUUACAGUAACACCUCGUUUAUUGCAGCGUUUAGAUUUGCAAAGAGUUAAAUAUUGCAUUCAACGAGCUCCAAUCAUCUGCGUCC